UUGUCAGAUGGGUCGAAACUUCCAAAAGAAACGCAAACGUCUUGGUAUGAAUCGAAGCCCCAGCAGCAACAAGAGCUUGGUCCGGAUGGGAAACGGGACGAGUGGAGGAAUCACAAGCCCUACAAAGACAUUGUAAAGGAGAACGAGAAGUACUGGACGUUUUACAAAGCUCAAAAAUUAUUCCCCGAAGAAGAGUGGGACGCGUUUUGCAACGCGCUUCGCACGGACCUUCCAGUGUCAUUUCGAGUACAGGGAUGUCACAAGGAUCGAGAUAGGCUCAUGCAUGAAUUGGAAACCAAGUUUUUCAUACCAAUUGCUCAGUCAAAGGAUUCAGAUGUAUUUGAGCCGAAGCCAUUGCCAUGGUAUCCAGGUGCAUAUCAGACAAGGAUGACGAGGACUUCAGUGAGGAGUCAUCCGAUUCUGGCUCAUCUUCAUAAUUUUCUGGUUACGGAAGCGGAGCUCGGUCAUAUCUCGCGUCAAGAAGCUGUGAGCAUGAUUCCACCGUUGCUUCUGAAUCCUGACUCAGACCAUCUGGUUCUCGAUAUGUGUGCAGCGCCUGGUAGUAAGACGGCACAAUUGAUAGAAAUGAUGCAUGAGAACACAACCACUCCGAGUGGCAUGCUGAUAGCUAAUGAUGUCGAUAAAAAGCGAUGUUAUAUGCUGAUUCAUCAAACAUUGAAACGAUUCCACACAUCCAAUUGUGUCGUUAUUUGUGAGGAUGCCGCUAGAAUGCCUGUUCUGAAGGGGAAGGCAAGCAAUUGA